UUAUUAUUUUAGUAGUGAUUUCGUUCGACAAAUAUUUAUAAAUUGUUAAAUUUAAAUAUUAGUUCCAAUUAAGUUUCAGAAUUUGAUUAAUUUGUGAUGUAAAUUAAAAAUUAUUCUGCAUGAAAUCUUUGUUGUUACAUUUAAUGGAAGAACUCUUUUUCUUUUUGCCGGGGCCAAGUUAAAUUUAGUAUGAUUGGUGACUCUUUUUCAUGUAAGGAAAUGUGUGUCUGACAUAUUUUAUCUGUUGUAGUGCUUUGAAAACUUAUGUGAAAUAGGCUGUUUUGUUUUAGAUUAUGCAGCCGAGUUCCAAAAUUAACUUUAAUUUACUUUAUCUCAUCUGAGAAAUACCAUUCUAUUUGUUUAAUAAGUCUGUUGCUAUGACAGUCCUAAUGCCUAACUGGUAUUAUGAGAAGAAAGAUUUGAAACGAACUCCCUCCAUCGUUGAUGGUAUCGAUGUGGACAAAGAGAACAGAUAUCGAAGAGAAGGAGCCCGUUUUAUUAUUAAUGUGGGCACUAAAAUGGGACUUCGAUAUGAUACUAUGGCAACAGGUGUUGUCUAUUUUCACAGAUUUUACAUGUUUCACAGUUUCAGAACAUUUCCAAGAUAUGUUACAGCUUGUUGCUGUUUGUUUCUUGCUGGGAAGGUAGAAGAAACCCCUAAGAAGUGUAAAGAUAUUAUAAGAACAGCUAAGAGCUUUCUUGGCGACAAUCAAUUUUCACAAUUCGGAGAUGAUCCUAAGGAAGAAGUGAUGACCCUGGAAAGAAUAUUAUUACAAACUAUUAAAUUUGAUUUACAAGUUGAUCACCCAUAUGGACAUUUGUUGAGAUAUGCAAAGUCUCUUAAAGGUGAUAACAAGAAAUUACAAAAUAUGGUCCAAAUGGCCUGGACAUUCAUCAAUGAUAGUUUGUGUACGACACUUUGCCUUCAGUGGGAACCUGAAGUCAUCGCUAUAGCUUUAAUGUACUUAGCUGGCAAACUAAGUAAAUUUGAAGUUGUUGACUGGGUGGAGCGUACAUCAAAGCAUUCUCAUUGGUGGGAUAUGUUUGUUGAGGGAAUGUCAAUUGAACUUCUAGAAGAUAUUUGUCAUCAAGUGUUGGAUUUAUAUUCUACUCCAAUGUCAAGCACACCUCAGGAUUCUCCUCCGGCUACGCCACCAACAAAGUCUACAAGAAAGACAUCACAACCUCCUUCCCCUGUCGAAGCAUCAACAUCACCUGCACCACAACCAAAAGUUAAGGAGCCUCCUGUUGGUUUACCUAUUCCUAGAUUAGAGCCGGGAGAACUCAAAAGAAAAGUUGUUCUAGCAGAAGCCAAAAAAGAAGUUGAAAGCAAAAUCCCUCGCAUUGAAGGCAAAGCAAUUCCUACUAUAUCUAGUGCUGCUAGCUCUCCCCCUCCUCUUAAGAAAGUUAACAGAAUUAAAGGAACAUCCACUCAGCCAUCUUCACCAACUAGUCCGAAACCAAUCGAAACUGUUAGUAAGGUCUCCAAACAUGUUGAGAUUCCUCCUAAACGUAAUACAUUAUCUGAUGCUACUUUUAGAUCAGGAAUAUCAGCAACAAUGAGCACCCAGUCAUUUCCAACUAAUACUACUGUAUUGUCUACCGAUACAAAUGCUCUUGUAAAACCACCUCAACAUGUACCUGUUGUACCAACAACUACUUUUACUCUCCCCCUUCUUCCUCCAACUGCUACAUAUACUCAAACAGCUCCUCCAUUCUUUACUACUGGAACUACUGGUGAAACCCCCACAUUUCCCAAUAUACAGCAGCCACCCCCUCAAAUCUUUUCACAACAGCCUAUGCAAUUUCAGCAUCCGCCACCUAGUGUUGCACCUUCUACUUCACUUACUAGUUUAGCAGCACCUCAGUUUGGUGAACCUCCACAUCAGUAUCCUACUUUGCCACCAGGCACUGUUCCUCCACCUUUUAAUGCUCAAUUUCCUCCACCUACCAGACCACCUAAUAUGAGCAAUCCACCUCCAACUUUAGCUCCUGGUUUAACUCACCAUCCCCCUCCUCCCAUACCUGGUUUAAUAAGGGGGGCACAGCCUCCUCCGCCGCCUCCUCCUGGAGUUACUCCAAGGAGUUCUCCUGCCCCUCCACCUCCUGGCGUAUCUCCCAGAAGUUCUAGGCCACCUAUGACAGGUGUGAGACCUAGAAAUAGUGGCCCACGCUUGGGGACUGAAAAUGUUUUUAAUCCUAGGCCUGGUUCUGAUAUGUAUCGCCCUAGACAAGAAGGUCGCGGUAUGCGGCCCCUUCUUGAGCAAAGACUCCCCACUAGAGAUUUUGGACCUAGAAGUUCUUUUGAUGAUUCCAAUAGGUUUAAUAGACCAAAGCCAGAUUAUGAUUCUCAUUUUCAGCAUAAUCCACCAUUUCCAGAAUUUGAUCAAAAUUUUCAUCGACCACUUCUUCCUAACCAGUUUGGGCCAAAUUUUGAACGACCCAUGGGGCCAAGACGAUUUCCUCUUGAUCUACAACAGCAUCGGAAUUCUGGCCCUCGUCCACGUAUGAUGAAUAAUAUGCAGCAACAGCAGCAGCAACAACAACAGGGCACCUCUACAGGAAUACCACCUGUACGAAUAACGGGAAGCAUGUAAGACAGAAAAGUCUGAGCCAGGGAAUUCGCUUCAUUCCUCAGGAAUCACCUCUCUAUGGUGUUAGCGUGAACUGAAAUGUGUAACUUUGGGUCUACUGAAAAAUGUCCAAACCUGUGAUCUACUAGAGUUGUUCAAAACGUUGACGAAAGAACCAGCAGAAAUGCUCAAGUAUGGA